AUGGCCCAGUGCUUUCCUAGGCUCCUCGGCUUCCGCAGAGCCCGGGAGUUGUCCCACUCCGGCAACGGACCCCGGGAGGCCAAGGACAGGACCCGAGGGCAGCGGCCACGCUCACCUCGCAGCGACGCUCCAUCCGCCACCGCCACUGUAGCUGGGUUCAGUCCCGCUGCUCUGACCCGGUCUUCUCCCACAUUAAAGGGGCUAUGCCCAGGCACCGCAUUCAGGGGUCUCCUCGUUCCGAAUGCUCAGCGCUCUGGUGCGGAGACCAGAAGCAGCAUCGUUCUCAUCGUGCCUUCUCUUCUUCCCCUUAUUUUCUCCUUGGCAGUGCUGGCCCCCACCCAGAGCAGCUUCUGGCAGUUUCAAAGGAUGGUCAAACACAUCACAGGGUGGAGUGCCCUCUGCUCAUAUUACGGAUAUGGCUGCUACUGUGGGCUUGGGGGCAAAGGGACCCCUGUGGAUGACACUGACAGGUGCUGCCUGACCCAUGACUGCUGCUAUGAGAGGCUGAAACAGCUCGGCUGCCAGCCCGUGUUGAACGGCUACCAGUUCCAUGUAGUCAGCUGGACCGUGGUCUAUGAGUUGCCUUCUCUCAUCUGUCUCUACCUGACAACACCUCGUUUACUUUGCUGUUAUCUUGGGCAUCGACUCUUCCCUCAACUAGAAUGCGAGUUCCAGGAGAGCGGGGAGCACUGGGGCUGCCUCUUCUUCCACCCCCGGCUGAUUCUACCAUGGCUGCGGGACGUCCACUACCACCGACCACUGCUCCAGAUCUCCCGAAGCCCUGGGGCCUGGGCAGGUGAAUGUGCCCUUAGUCCUGGUGCCAGCUGCCUCUGUGGUGCAAGGGCCUGUGAGUGUGACAAGCAGUAUGCCUACUGCUUCAAAGAGAACCUGCCCACCUACGAGAAAAACUUCAAGCACUUCUCUGGGCCUGUUGUGGCAGGCACAAGCUCCAAUGCCAGGAAUGCCACAGGGUCCCUUAACCCUUGGACUGGCUAAGUCACUCCUUUGUCACUUGGCAUCAGAGGGCUGGAGACCAACAGUGGAAAAGAUAAAAUCCUGGCCUUUGAUGGAGGGAGACAGACCAUAAAUAUACACAUAAAUAGAUGAUAUAUUCCAAAAGCAGUA